UUGCCGAAGCAGCAAUAGGAAGAGCUUGGUGGUGGGCACCCCCUCUCCCACCCUCUCGCGGCCUCUCUCCCCGCUUUCCGUGCCAACAGCCGGGAGCAGCCCCUUGGACAGCCCACGCAACUUCUCCGCCAGCACCUCCAUCAACUUCCCCUUCGCUCGCAGGGCUGAUGGCAGAAGGUGGUCACUGGCUUCGCUACCCUCCUCCGGCUACGGGACCAACACCCCCAGCUCCACUGUCUCGUCGUCUUCAUCCUCCCAGGAGCGCCUGCACCAGCUGCCGUACCAGCCCACCCCCGACGAGCUCCAUUUCCUUUCUAAGCAUUUCCGCAGUACGGAAAGCGUCACGGAUGAGGAGGGGCGGCACUCGCCCUGCCUGCGCCCACGAUCCCGGAGCCUCAGCCCUGGACGGACGAGUGGAACGUUUGAUAAUGAGGUUGUGAUGAUGAACCAUGUCUACAAGGAGCGGUUCCCCAAGGCCACGGCCCAAAUGGAAGAACGUCUGCAGGACACCAUCACAAACUUCUCCCCGAGCAGCACUCUGCCACUGGCAGACGGGGUGCUGGGCUUCAUCCACCACCAAAUCAUCGAGCUGGCCCGCGACUGCCUGGCAAAGUCACAGGGAGCUCUCAUCACCUCCCGUUACUUCAUGGAGCUGCAGGAGAAACUCGAGAAGAUGCUCCGAGAUGCUCAGGAGCGUUCGGAGAGCGAGGAGGUGAAGUUCAUUGACCAACUGGUGAGGAAGCUGCUGAUCAUCAUCUCCCGUCCUGCUCGUCUUCUGGAGUGCCUGGAGUUUGACCCAGAGGAGUUUUACCAUCUCCUGGAAGCUGCAGAGGGACAUGCCAAAGUUGGCCAGGGCAUAAAGACCGAUAUUCCCCGAUACAUCAUCAGCCAACUGGGGCUUGUCAAGGACCCGCUGGAGGAAAUGGUCCAGCUGGAUCACUUUGACAGCGGGAACACCAUCACGCCGGAGAACGAUGAUGCCUGUGAGAGCCAGCCUUCGGCCACCGCUCCUCGGAGGAAGCCCUGCGAGGGUGACUUUGAGACCAUCAAACUGAUCAGCAACGGGGCUUACGGGGCCGUGUUCCUGGUGAGGCACAGGGAGACGCGGCAGCGCUUCGCCUUGAAGAAAAUCAACAAGCAGAACCUCAUCCUGAGGAACCAGAUCCAGCAGGUGUUCGUGGAGAGGGACAUCCUCACCUUUGCGGAGAACCCCUUCGUGGUCAGCAUGUUCUGCUCCUUCGAGACGAAGCGACACCUCUGCAUGGUGAUGGAGUACGUGGAAGGGGGGGAUUGUGCCACGUUGCUGAAGAACAUGGGCCCAUUGCCUGUCGACAUGGCGAAGAUGUACUUCGCCGAGACUGUUCUUGCGCUGGAGUAUCUGCACAACUACGGCAUCGUCCACCGGGACCUCAAACCCGACAAUUUGCUCAUCACCUCCAUGGGCCACAUAAAGCUGACAGACUUUGGUCUGUCAAAGAUUGGCUUGAUGAACAUGACUACAAACCUCUACGAAGGGCAUAUGGAGAAGGACACUCGGGAGUUCAUGGACAAGCAGGUCUGCGGCACUCCGGAGUACAUCGCCCCAGAAGUCAUCCUCAUACAGGGCUAUGGGAAGCCUGUUGACUGGUGGGCCAUGGGCAUCAUCCUCUACGAGUUCCUGGUGGGCUGCGUCCCCUUCUUCGGAGACACCCCCGAGGAGCUCUUUGGGCAGGUCAUCAGCGAUGAAAUCAUGUGGCCGGAAGGUGAUGAGGCUCUUCCCACUGAUGCCCAGGACCUGAUCACACGUUUGCUGAGACAGAGUCCCCUCGAGCGCUUGGGCACCGGGGGAGCGCAUGAGGUGAAGCACCAUUCCUUCUUCCUCCACCUGGACUGGAACGGGCUGCUGCGGCAGAAGGCCGAGUUCAUCCCGCAGCUGGAGUCAGAGGACGACACCAGUUACUUUGACAGUGAGGCCAAAUCCAUUUUCUCCCUUUAUCGCUUCAGCAAGGUGUACAGCAGCUCCGAAUUCCUGGCAGCUCACUCCAACCUCAGCCUCUCGUCCUCCGACCAGAGUCACAGCGAGGACAAGGAGGACAGCGCUGAUGGGGGCUUGUGCCAGCGCAGAGGGCUUCCAUCGGCGUUAUCCGCCGAUCUCGUCAGCCUGAACCGCAUCCGCCUGCGGAGCAACAGCACCGGCACCAAAAACUCGACUCCGCGGGGCCUGGAGCCGGGCAGGAGCCAUCGGCCGAGCAGCCAGAAGGACGUGCCAGACAGGCAGAGAACCUCACCGGGCAGCCGCGUCCCCAAAUCCGCCUCCGUCUCAGCCCUGUCCCUCAUCAUCACAUCAGGUCCCCCCCGGCCCCCCAUCAUCAUCCACAGCUCGGGCAAGAAGUACGGCUUCACACUCCGAGCCAUCCGCGUCUACAUGGGGGACAGCGACGUCUAUACUGUCCACCAUAUGGUCUGGAGCGUGGAAGAGGGAAGCCCGGCGCAGGAAGCGGGGCUGAGAGCGGGCGAUCUCAUCACACAUGUGAACGGCGAGUCGGUGCUGGGUUUAGUUCACCGGGACGUCGUGGAGCUGCUGCUGAAG